GUGCCACAAUGGUUCCCUGUGGACCUGCCUUAUCUUUUGCCCGAAGCUUGCUUAGAAGGAAAAUCGUGACCUUGGACAGUUUGGAAGACUCCAAGCUAUGCCGCUGCCUUUCCACGGUUGACCUCAUUGCGCUGGGGGUCGGAAGUACUCUUGGUGCUGGAGUUUAUGUCCUCGCUGGAGAAGUAGCGAAGGGAAACUCUGGACCCAGCAUAGUGCUCUCCUUUCUCAUUGCGGCUUUGGCGUCUGUAAUGGCUGGUCUAUGCUAUGCUGAAUUUGGGGCCCGUGUACCAAAGACGGGAUCUGCAUACUUGUACACGUAUGUCACAGUUGGCGAACUAUGGGCCUUUAUCACUGGCUGGAAUCUUAUAUUGUCAUAUGUAAUUGGCACAUCUAGCGUAGCACGAGCUUGGAGUGGAACCUUCGAUGAACUUCUUGGAAAGCAGAUUGGUCACUUUUUCAGUACUUACUUCAGGAUGAAUUCGCCCGGCUUGGCUGAAUAUCCUGACUUUUUUGCAGUAUGUCUCAUUUUGCUUCUGUCUGGUCUACUAUCAUUUGGAGUAAAAGAAUCUGCUUGGGUGAACAAGGUAUUCACAGCUAUCAAUGUGUUGGUCCUAUUGUUUGUGAUGAUUGCCGGAUUUGUGAAAGGAAACCUGCAAAACUGGAAGAUAUCUGAAACAUUUCUCCAAAACAUAUCUGUUCCAGAAGGGAUGCCCUUCUAUGAUAACGUGACCAGUCUGUAUGGUACAGGAGGCUUCAUGCCGUACGGGAUGACAGGGAUGUUGGCCGGCGCUGCGACUUGUUUUUAUGCCUUCGUAGGAUUUGACUGCAUAGCUACAACCGGGGAAGAGGUGCGAAAUCCACAAAGAGCAAUCCCUAUUGGCAUUGUCACCUCUUUGCUAGUUUGCUUUAUGGCCUAUUUUGGAGUGUCGGCCGCCCUCACUCUGAUGAUGCCCUACUAUUUGCUGGAUGAGAAGAGUCCUCUUCCUGUGGCCUUCGAGUAUGUUGGUUGGGGUCCUGCAAAAUAUGUAGUAGCUGUCGGAUCACUGUGCGCUCUUUCAACCAGUCUUCUCGGAUCCAUUUUCCCAAUGCCACGUGUAAUCUAUGCUAUGGCGGAAGAUGGGUUGCUUUUCAAAUGUCUAGCUCAGAUCAGUCCAAGGACGAAGACACCAGUAGUUGCUACCUUAUCGUCUGGUGCAGUAGCAGCUAUUAUGGCAUUUCUUUUUGAUCUGAAAGCGCUGGUUGACAUGAUGUCCAUUGGAACUCUCCUGGCUUACUCACUUGUGGCUGCCUGCGUUCUCAUCCUCAGGUACCAGCCUGGUCUGGGUUAUGAAAAGCCGAAGUGUUCCACUGAGAAAGAAAUGCUUUCCACAUCUGAAAGAGAAUCCAUGAUGAACGAGUCUCAAAUUAUUAUCCUGCAGGAACCUGGCUUCAGUUUCUACUCCUUGUGGCAUGCACCCAGCUUGCCCACCGAACAGUCAGCAUCUAUUGUCAGCUUUUUGGUUGGACUGCUUGCUUUAAUUAUUUGUGGAUUAAGUGUUCACACAACAUAUGGUGUCCAGGCAAUUGCGAAUAUGGAAGUAUGGAGCAUAGCACUACUAGCUUUGUUUUUUCUGCUUAUCUGCUUGAUUGUUCUUAUAAUCUGGAGGCAACCUCAGAACCAGCACAAAGUAGCUUUCAUGGUUCCACUAUUACCAUUUCUGCCUGUUUUUAGUGUCCUUGUGAAUAUUUACUUAAUGGUUCAGCUAAGUGGAGACACUUGGAUACGAUUCAGUGGCUGGAUGUUGCUCGGUUUCCUCAUUUACUUUGCUUAUGGGAUUAGGAACAGUGUGGAGGGUAAAUCCAAGAAAAAGGGAGAAGAAGAUGAUGACGGAGACUCUGAAAACAGUGCUCCAGAGGAAAAAUCUCCAGCAAAGGAGGACGAGGCAGAAAAUGCAAAAGAAAGUGACCUUUUUAUCACCCACGAAAGGACAAGCGAGUGCUAGUUGAAGCAAAGAGCAUGAAAAUCUUUGAGACUUCUCUUUAAAACUGCAUAUGCUUAAGAUGUUAACAUGUUGCUGGUUGAAAAGACUGUCAGCAAAACGCUGGAAGAACUGCAGGGACCAGCAAAACUGAGCUUUAUCUCUCUGCUUUUCCUCUGCAGCCUCUCCAAUAAGUCAAUACCUAUAACAAUCUACAUUACAUCUUAAAGAAAGCGAGGGCUGUUUUUAAGGUUUUGCUGCUAACCAGGUUAUAUUUACGCUGUCUUUGUGUCUAUAUCUUUUACUCUGCAAUGUUUUACUUAAAGCAAAAAUUGGUAGUUUACCAGUGUGCCACAUUCCUAAAUGUCCCUCAUUUGUUUCAACAACCUUCUUCAAUGAAGCGUAAACAUAAGUAACAUUAUGUGACAUU